AUGCCCCCAUGGGGAAGACCACCGGGGGCACGACUGGGGAGAGACAACAGGGGACGCGGGUGGGAGAAGACACGAGUGGAGGAGGUGAAUAGUGACGAGGAUGUCUACGGGCGAGAGUUGGUGCGGAACGGACGAUAUGGACGACAGGAAUAUGGACGAGUGGCGCGCCGGCGUGCGGAGUAUGAGGAUUUGACCGAUGACAACGACUCGGUGGAGGGGGGAGACUUUGAUCUGUAUGACCACGAAGAUAGCACCGUGGCCUACGCAGUUCAAUUGGCCAUGCGGGACAAGGAGGAUCAGUUGGUGGACCACGCGCUGGAGCGAAUCCGACGCGCGCAAAUGCUCGGACAGAAGAAUGUGCGGCUGUCGAAACGUGAGUUGGAUGCCUUGGAGCGAAAGCGCCAACAGGGAGACGCGGGAGCUCGACGUCCCAAACAACCGGUCUCUCGACCAUCCUCACGUCGAAGCGCAGUGCCCGAACAACCAGCCGCAUUCCCAUCUUUCGCCCCAGACGCACCCAGUUGGGCCCGUGGAGCAGGUGCGGCCAGUCGGCCUUCCAGCUCAUCCUCUGCUCGCCCACGGACGCCCACGACCCAAUCGCUUCGGCCUCAGCAAUCUGGUUCCCCGCUUCGCCCUACCUACCCAUCAUAUACCCCGGACAGAUUCGCAGCCAAUGGCCGGCCGCAAUCAAUGCAAGCGCCAGCCACGUACCAACGGCCACUGCCAGACGACCCAUCAUGGGCUCCGCCUUACUAUAAUCCCAUGCAGUUGAGCCCGUACGGCGAACCCGCACCGUACCAGCCACAGCUCCCCUCCGAUCUUCGCGUCGGCCCUCAAAAUCACAUGAGCUUCCCUGGCUCUCCAUACCAAGCCUACCAAUCACCCACCCGCCGACGCACCUCCCAAAGCUCUGUGCAGACCCAGGAAGCCCUAGCACCCGCAGCUGCAGAGUCUGAGAAUUCCGAGGAUUCGAGCAGCGAUGACUCGGUGCAGAUCGUGAAAGUGGCCAAGGUGGCCAAGGUGGCGGAGCGACAGGCACCUGUGCAGAAGCGGACGGUCUCCGGUAGCGGUCGUAGCACUCGCAAACGCACGAGUCGGUGA